AUGAGUUACAGCACAUCCACUUUAAACAGUUUCUACCACAACAGUGCUACCACUUCUGAACCACACCAUGGGACAACUGUAGAUGGGGCUGGAUCGAAAACUGCUACAAUGACCCCUGAAACCAGCAGCUUUAACAGCUCCAAAAUUCCAGAUGUGGCUAGCCAUGGCCCAGGCAUGGGGACCAUGCUGCUGUCUUUUGGCAUCAUCACUGUGAUUGGGUUGGCUGUUGCAAUGGUUCUAUAUAUAAGGAAGAAAAAACGACUAGAGAAGUUACGACAUCAACUCAUGCCCAUGUACAACUUUGAUCCUGCUGAAGAACAGGAUGAGUUGGAGCAAGAGCUGCUGGAGCAUGGCAGAGAUGCUGCUUCUUUGCAGGCCUCCCAGAACAAGACGACCCAAGGAGUGCUCCAGAGACCUAGUCGCCUUGUGUUUACAGAUGUUGCAAAUGCCAUCCAUGCAUGAACAGUUC